AUGGCCUCGCGCGGCGGCGGCGCGGGAGCGACCGCGCGUCUCGCGCUUCUCCUCGUCGUCCUCCUCCUCCUCCCCGGCCGCGGCGCCCCCGACACGGCACCCUCAUCGUCGUUCGCGUCGCCGUCGCCGGGCGCGCCCGCGUCGUCGCCGUUCGCGGUCGUCGCGUACCUCCCGGAGUGGCGGUUCGCGUCCACCGACUGGGACGCGGUCUGCGUCAACGUCACGCACUUGAUCCUGUUCUCCUUGGAGGUCACGGACGACGGGUCGCUGACGUCGUUGGAUCGCUUCCCGUCCCCCGAGGCGAUGACGACGCUCCGCGCCGCCGCGGCGAAGCGCGGCGUCAAACUCCUCCUGUCCCUCGGCGGGCACGGCCGCACCAGAGGAUUCCCAAUCGUCGCGGUCGAGAAGACGAAGCGACGCAGGCUCGCGAGGACGCUCGCGAGCUUCUGCGCGACGCACGGCCUGCACGGCGUGGACUACAACUGGGAGUAUCCCGCGUCGCCGGCGGAGUGGAACGGGAUGUUUGCGCUGUUGCGGACGACGCGUAAGGUCUUCGACGGUAGCCCUCAGCGACUGACGAUCACGAUGGCGUACUACCCGGACGGACGGCAAGAGAGGGAGCUGAAGCGCGGCGGCGCGGAGGAACACGUCGAGCUGCUGCACGCGAUGAGCUACGAUCAUCCGCGAGGGUCGCAUUCGUCGACGGCGCUCGCGCGCGCCGCGAUUCGCAACGCGGAGGAAGCGGGGUUGGACGCGCGUAAAAUCACCAUCGGUCUGCCGUUCUACGGCCGCCACGUGGAGACUGGGGAGUGGAAGACGUACGCUGAGCUGGACGCCGCGCACGGCGUGAGCGCGGAGCCGUCCAAGGACGAGGCGGGGGGCUACGCGUUCAACGGCGCGGACACGAUUCGUUUGAAAACCUCCGAGGCGAAAGCCGCGGGGACGGGCGGGGUGAUGAUUUGGGAAGCGGGGCAAGACCUGCACCCGUCGCACGCGCGGAGCUUGCUCGCCGUCGUCGCCGCCGAGGCGUGGGGGGAUGAAGGGAAGAACGCGGUUGGGGAGAAGAAGAGAGCGCGCGAGGAGUUGUAG